CAAAAUCAAGCUUGUUUUUUUUUGGAGGGAUAGUCUAAGGCGGCAAAAUCACCACUGGCCGGCACGUGACUCUCUCCUCCCUCCCCUCCGCAAUGUCCUCGUCGAGGUCUCUCCGCUCCUCCAUCUCGCCGUUCCGGUCCAGGAGGCCGCCCUCUUCUUCGUCGGCAUCCUCCACCACAGCCAAGCGUCCCACCACUCCUUCCUCGAGGCCUUCUACUGCACCUCCGUCGAAGUCUUCACUUUCUCCGUCGACGCUGAGCUCCGACCACCAGCCGGAUUCCGGCAGAAAGGCGACGGAAAGUGUGACGGUGACGGUGAGGUUUCGCCCCCUCAGUGCUAGAGAGAUUAACAAAGGGGACGAGAUAGCUUGGUAUGCUGAUGGAGACUAUACGGUUCGCAACGAGUAUAAUUCCGACACUGCCUACGGCUUCGACAGAGUGUUUGGUCCUGCAACAACUACUCGCCGUGUAUAUGAUGUGGCAGCUCAACAUGUUGUGAAUGGGGCUAUGGGAGGAGUCAAUGGUACAGUGUUUGCUUAUGGGGUUACUAGUAGUGGGAAGACUCAUACAAUGCAUGGAGAGCAGAAGUCUCCUGGAAUAAUUCCAUUAGCAAUUAAGGAUGUGUUUGGCAUAAUCCAAGAGACACCAGGGCGAGAGUUUCUUCUCCAUGUUUCUUAUCUUGAGAUUUACAAUGAGGUCAUCAAUGACUUGCUUGAUCCAACAGGGCAGAAUCUCAGAGUACGAGAAGAUGCUCAGGGUACCUACGUUGAGGGAAUCAAAGAGGAAGUUGUUCUGUCCCCUGCACAUGCUCUAUCGCUAAUAGCUUCUGGGGAAGAGCACAGGCAUGUGGGUUCUAAUAACUUCAAUUUACUGAGCAGUCGAAGCCAUACGAUAUUCACUCUGACAAUUGAAAGCAGUCCACGGGGGGAAAAUCAGGGUGAAGAAGUGACUUUAUCACAAUUGCAUUUAAUUGACUUAGCAGGUUCUGAAAGUUCAAAGACAGAGACAACUGGGCUGAGAAGGAAAGAGGGUUCUUACAUAAAUAAGAGCUUACUCACUCUUGGAACUGUGAUAUCAAAAUUAACAGAUGGAAAAGCUACCCACAUACCUUAUCGAGAUUCUAAACUUACACGCCUUUUGCAGUCUUCCCUGAGUGGACAUGGUCGAGUUUCUCUGAUUUGCACGGUGACACCUGCCUCUAGCAACACAGAGGAAACACACAACACAUUAAAAUUUGCACAUCGUAGUAAGCAUGUGGAAAUCAAGGCUUCUCAAAAUAAGAUUUUGGAUGAGAAGUCUCUCAUUAAAAAGUAUCAGAAAGAAAUUUCCAAUUUGAAACAAGAGCUUGAGCAACUAAAGCGUGGCAUGAUGGAGAAUCAAAAUGUGGCUCCAGUCCAGGAAGAUUUAGUCAAUCUGAAGCUUCAGUUAGAAGCUGGGAAGGUUAAGUUACAAUCAAGAUUAGAAGAGGAGGAACAAGCCAAAGCAGCUUUGAUGGGAAGGAUUCAAAGAUUAACUAAACUGAUUUUAGUUUCCACAAAAAGUACUAUUCAACCAAAUGUCCGUGAAAAGGCUGGUCAUAGGCGGAGGCAUUCUUUUGGAGAAGAUGAGCUAGCCUACUUGCCAGAUAGAAAACGAGAAUGCAUGAUUGAUGAUGAUAUUGGAAGUAUUAAUUCUGAAGUAUCUGCUGAUGGAAGGGUUGAUGUCACAGAUCUUGAUGAACUGGUUAAAGAUUACAAAAGGAACAGAAGGCGAGGAAUGCUUGGCUGGUUCAAAUUGAAAAAACCUGAUAAUCUGGUUGUAUCAUCAUCUAGUGCUGAUUAUGAAAACUCAGCAAACAGUUCACCUUCAACCUCAUCAAAAUCUUCCCAAGGCAGAGUUACAUUCGGUGCUACAAAGGAUGGGCAGAGAAAAUCGGUCAGUAAAAGAGGGGAAAUUGCUUUUGCUGCAGAUUUUCUUCCUGAAAUAACUCAGGCAGGUGACUUAUUUAGUGCUGCCAUUGGAGGUCGGCAGCUACCAGCGACUGGGACCACUAUAGCUGAUCAAAUAGAUCUUCUUCGUGAGCAAGUAAAAAUGUUGGCUGGUGAGGUGGCAUUAUGUAUUAGUUCCCUGAAGAGAGUAUCAGAGCAAGCAGCCAAGAACCCUGAAGACUUGCAGCUUCAGGAACAAAUGAAAAGGCUAAAAGAUGAAAUUAGAGAGAAGAAAGUACAGAUAAAUAUUCUGGAACAGCGCAUGAUUGGAUCUGUAGAGAUGACACCAAAAGCAUCAAGCAAUAUUGAAAUGUCACAGGCUUUGUCCAAACUUGCUAGUCAACUAAAUGAAAAGACAUUUGAACUUGAGAUUAAAUCAGCUGAUAAUAGGGUGCUCCAAGAACAACUAAAAAUGAAGGUCUCAGAGAAUGCUAAGAUGCAAGAGACUAUCCUUCUGUUAAGACAACAACUUGAUGCCGUAUUGUCAGGCAAAAACUCGAAAUUUCUACAACAAAGUUCUGAAAAUGAAUCUACUUCGGAAACAUGUUCAAAUGGAUACAUGGAAGCAAAAACUCUAAGAAAGGAUUGGACUUGCUUAGACUCAGAAAUGGUUACUAAUGAAAAUACACCAGCUAGUUCUGUGUCCUUGGAUGAAAAAUUUAUGCAUGAAGAUACCAAAGUGUGCAGAGAUUAUGCAGUUUUGAAUUCCAAGCUUCUUAUGCAAGCUGCUGAGAUAGAGUCCUUGGAACAAGAGAAGGUGAAAAGCACUGAAGAGAAGGAUGGGUUAGAAAUUCAAUGUCAAAAACUAGCUGAGGAAGCUUCGUACGCAAAAGAGUUGGCAGCAGCAGCAGCAGUAGAGCUCCGGAGUUUAGCUGAAGAAGUAACCAAACUUUCAUACCAAAAUGCCAAACUGACUGGUGACUUGACUACUGGAAAAGAUGCCUGUUGUACUCAUCCUUCCUGUCAAAGAUUCACUUCAUUUGGUACCAAGCAAAAUAAUAAUGAUAGCAGUCGAGCUAAUGCACAAUUGAGAAAGCCGCAAGAUGGUAUAUCUAUGGAGGAGCUGGAGCAGGAACUCAACGUACGAUACCAAAGAGAAGCGUCUUUGGUUGCUGCAUUGUCUGAGAGAGAUAAAAUAGAAGCCGAACUGCGUAGAAGACUUGAUGAAGCAAAGCGGCAUGAAGCAGAUCUAGAAAAUGAGCUUGCAAAUAUGUGGGUGGUGGUUGCAAAGACGAGGAAAUCUGGUACUGGCUCUCACAACCCAUUGGAGGAGUAUGAUGCAUCCAAGAUUCCACAACCAAGAUCUGCAAGUGAAUUUUCCCUGUCCAAUGGGCAUGCAUGCAGUGACUCUAUUGAGAAUGAAAUAUAUGACAAUGCUGAUGUGUCCAAAGCUUGCUGUCAUCUAGAAAGGCAAAGGUGUAAGGAGUUAGAGAACUUAGUUUCAAGAUUAAAGGGUGAUGAUUUGGGUGGCUUGGAUAUGAAAGAGCUUGAAGAGCUGCAAAAUCUUCAUGUUGAGGCCAUUACCAAGAUCUGUUAUGCUAAGUGUUCAACGGAUGUGUUGUAGCAGAUUCCCUUUAACAUGUAUGUAGUUUUAAUUUUAUAACCUUUUCAAAUUAAAGUUAGGUGUUACUUAUUUCUUGUGCGAAGUUUAGUUGCUUUUGGGGAAAAUUCGAGAAUGCUAUGCCGCCAGAUGAUUGUAAUCACCCAUGCACCCACUUUGUGCAAUUGCUUUUCACUGUAAUGAAGUACCAAUUUUUAUCUU